UUGCCUCUAAAAUACUCUUUUUGACGAAGAGAUCGACAUCAAUUCAUCUCUAUCGUAUUCAGAUAGUCUUUUCUGUUAGGCAAAAGGACAAUGGAUGGAUACAAUGGAAACAGCCCAAGACACUCUCCAAAACCUUCUCCAAGGAAAACAUUUAGCCCCAAAGACUCUCCAACACCUUCUCCAAGGAAAACAUUUAGCCCCAAAGACUCUCAAACACCUUCUCCAAGGAAAACAUUUAGCCCAAAACACUCUCCAAAAGCUUCUCCAAGGAAAACAUUUAGCCCCAAAGACUCUCAAACACCACCUCCAAGAACAACAAACACAACUCUAAAACAACUCCUAUUAGAUUCAAGGAACACACCAAAUUUUGUUGAUUCUGAGACUGAGGAAGUGCUCUCUCUAAUAUCUUACUGUUCUUUCACUGAUCCACAAGAAUCCCCUUCACUACAAGAUUUAAAAAGGCUAAAACUCAUCCAACUCCUUUCUAUCAUCAAGACUCUCAUAAAACCACUUGAUGACCAAGUUCUUUCACCCCUUUUCAUAAUGUUGUCAUCGAAUCUUUUUAGGCCACUCCCUCCACCAAUUCACUCUGUUGUUUCAAUAUUACCAGACGACGACGAUCUUGUUAGCAAUCCCACACCCACAUGGCCACAUUUGCAAAUCGUUUACGAUAUUUUCCUCAGGAUUAUCAUCAGAACAAGUGUUGAAUCACUCCGUAUUUACAUAGACCAUUCUUUCCUCCUUAAUCUCCUCACGUUAUUCCAAUCCGAAGACCAAAGGGAACGCGAAAGCUUGAAGAAUGCGUUCCACAGGAUUUAUUCCAAGUUACAUUUCUAUAGACCAUUCAUGAGAAAGACUAUGCAUGAUGUUUUCUUGCACUAUGUUUUUGAGACUGAUCAAAGGCACCCUGGAAUUGGAGAACUUCUUGAAAUAUGGGGCACAAUUAUCAAUGGAUUUAGCGUUCCUUUGAAAGAAGAGCACAAGCUUUUCUUAAAUAGAGUUCUUGUCCCUUUGCACAAGCCAAAAGGGAUGCAGGUCUAUCACAGGCAGUUGGCUUAUUGUGUGUCUCAGUUUGUGCAAAAAGAGCCCGAGCUUGGUGUGGUUGCUAUAAGAGGCAUAUUGAAGUACUGGCCGGUUACAAAUUGCCAGAAGGAAGUUCUGUUUAUUGGUGAAUUGGAAGAACUUGUGGAGACUGUUGAUCCCCAAUUGUACAAGGAACUUGCCCUGCCUUUGUGCACCAAAAUUACCAAGUGUUUAAACAGUUGGAACUCGCAGGUUGCUGAACGAGCAUUGUAUGUGUGGAACAACGAGCAAUUCUGGAAGAUGGCAUCACAAGCAAUGGAAGAGGUGUUCCCAGUUCUAGUCGAAGGGAUGGAGAAGAAUCUACAGGGACAUUGGAACAAAAGUGUUCGACAAUUAACGGAGAAUGUGAAGGGGAUGCUGGAAGCUCUAGCACCAUUUCUCUAUUCCAAGUGCCUUCUACAGCUUGAAAUCCAAGAAGCAGUUGAUCACAUAGAAGAGUUGAGAAGACAAAAUAUUUGGGAAGAAAUUGAGAAUGCCGCAAAAUAGUAAAACUGAUUAUGCACCAUGUUCUGCGACUUACUAUUUUUGAAUAACCUAGGAAAUAUCUUCAAUCUUAUACGAGAGUGCUUGUUUCAAUCAUGUGCUCAUGAAUCUGUAAACAUUUCCCCAAAUGGAAACAACUACAUAUAUACAAUGUAUGACA